AUGAGAUUAUUCGGUCGACGGGGCCGAUCACGGUCAGUUGAUAGGUCCAGGAAGAGUAAGAAUGACAACAGGCAACCACCAUACCAUGACCAGCAGUCCACGGGGUACUUGAGUGACAAAAGGAGCCACACUGCAGGAGUUCCUGAAGAUGAUUCCGUGGGAUCCGAAUUGCCAACGCUGGAUCAAUUCGAGAUUGCUGUCCCAUCCAGGUCAUUUGCCAAUUCCUCAGGGGGCGAACGUGAGUUUGCUCCAGAGGCAAGAGAAGAAAUGGACAAUCGAUCAACCACAGACAUUUCCUCUAUAACCUCAGUAAGCUACAGAGCAGGAUAUUACUACUUACGAAACAUAAAGAAGAAACCCCCUGUGAAAAAGGCAAAUCAAACCUGGUGUGGAUGUCUACCCAAUUGCUCAUGUGCAUCUUGUAUGCCGUGCAGCUGUUCUUGGCUGACAUGCUGCUGCUGUGCCGAAGCAAAAUCAGAGCUUGCUCAGCAGCAUGCCAAUGCCAAACAUCAUCCGAUGCUGGGGAGUCCGCCAACAUCACGCGAUAAGCUACGGAAAUCUCACAAUCCUGGACGGAGAACAAUGGGCCCUCCAGGGAUUAAUAACCAGAAUCGAGGUCGUGGACCUACUCACGGCUACAUGCAGCACGGAGGAUUCGCUGCUGCUAUCCAUCGAACCCCAUCUUCUAGCCGGAGAUAUGGCAUAGACAGUGCUCGGGACAGUAUGCCACGAGAAGACGCUUACCCGUCUCUGAACAACAACCAUUCACUGUUCGAUGAGCUUUCAGAGGAAGACGAGUUUGGAGGACAUCGAGGUAGACAAAAACGGCAGCAAUACAAUCAAAAGAAGAAUGGUACUAACAAGGCAUGGCUACCAAGAGGACGCGCUGGUGGUGCCCACGGCGGCGGUGGCGGUAUGUCACCUGAAUACUAUGCCCCACGAGAAAAGUCAAAUCGAAGUAGGUCCAGAGGACGACGUGGAGAAAGAUACUAA